AAGCAAUUUCUGCCUCGAGUGGACCCGUGGGGAGCCGGGAGCGCGGCCAUGGGCAAUUGCGCCGCCCCCGCCGAUGGCGCCGGCCCCUCCGAGACGCUGGAGGCGCGGAACCCGCUGCCGGCGCUGCGGCACGAGAGCGUGCUCACGACCGUGGGGAAGACGCCCGUGGUCAGGCUGAACCGCAUGGCCCCCGACGGCGUGAGCGUUUACGUGAAGUGCGAGGCGUUUAACCCCAUGGGCUCCGUCAAGGACCGGCUCGCACUGGGCAUCAUAGAGUGGGCCGAGAAGCAUGGCCAGCUCAAGCCGGGCCAGACCGUGGUGGAGGCCAGCAGCGGCAACACGGGCAUCGGUCUGGCGAUGGUUUGCGCUGCCAAAGGCUACCCGUUCGUCUGCACCAUGUCCGAGGCUUUCUCCGUGGAGAGGCGAAAGCUGAUGCGAUUCCUGGGUGCCAAGGUCGUCCUCACGAACCCGGCGCACAAGGGCAGCGGCAUGUACAUCGCGGCCAGGGCGCUGGCGGAGAAGAACGGCUGGUUCCUGGCCCGCCAGUUCGAGAACGAGGCCAACGCCUGGGUGCACUCGCAGACGACGGGGCCCGAGAUCCUGGAGGCCAUGGGGGGCACGCCGCUCGACUACUUCUUCUGCUCCUACGGCACGGGCGGCACGCUGAGCGGGGUGGCCCGGGUCCUGCGGGCCCGCUCGCCGAGCACCCGGAUCUGCGUGUGCGAGCCGGACUGCACGCCCCUGCUGCUGAGCGGCAGCAGGACGGAGUACAACGAGGACGGGUCGUUCAAGCACCCCCACGCCUCGUGGCGGCCGCACCUGCUGCAGGGCUGGGCGCCGGACUUCAUCCCGAAGCUCGUGGCGGACGCCGUCGACGCGAAGUACGUGGACGAGCUCUGCCACGUGGCGGGCAGCGCGGCGAUGCAGACGUCGCGGGAGCUGGCGCAGAAGGAGGGCAUCUUUACGGGCACCAGCGGGGGUGGCGUGCUCUCUGCCGCCCUGAGCUUCGCGGCGAGCAAGGCCCCCAGGGGCUCGAACAUUCUCGUGCUGCUGCCGGACACCGGGGAGCGCUACAUGAGCACCCCCCUCUUCGCCGACAUCGGGGCCGACAUGACCGCGGAGGAGAAGGAGAUAGCGUCGCUCAUCGGGAGCACCGAGCCUCCACCGAUACAGCUCCCGGACGCCACAGAAAGCGAGAUUCAGUUCCUGGAGACCACCAACAGAGAGAACAAGGUCGUGAUCUGGAGCAUGGAGUACUGCGAGUUCUGCUGGACCAUCUUCAGUUUUUUCGACGCCAUCAAGGUGCCCUACAAGAGAGUUGAUUGGGACUCGUUCGAGUUUGCAGAGAACGAUCGGGGAAACAAGAUCCGGUCAGCACUCCAGAAAAAGACAGACUGCAAGACCUACCCGCAGUGUUUCAUCGAUGGCACAUUCUUCGGAGGGGCUGCAGAUGCUUGUAUUAAGUGGAAGAAGGGCGAGCUCCAGCCCUUGCUGGAGAAGGCUGGCGUGAAAGUGGACAACUUCGGGGGUUAUAGCGGGGACCCAUUCGAAUUCCUGCCGAAGUGGAUGUCACAGAACCCGCUGCGUGACAAGUGAAGUAGGCGAUCGCGGAUGCUGGCGGUCACCACUCACCUCAUGUCAUCCUUCUCCGGGUAAUUGGAGCAAUGUGGAUUACAUGGGACGUGAUCGCCUGGCAUUUUUUGUUUUUGUUGCUUGUUUCUGUGGUUUCAGAUAGUUUCCCUACGCAGCACAUGUUGUACGGGUUCUGGACCAGAUGAAUUGGUCGCCCGAGAGGUGUCUGGAGCAGCCAAUGGUAGCUCUAAUGAGGCAGCGAGCGAUUUGGUUGCACGCGGGAUUUCUGCCGCAAACUGUUACGUAACCUAUGGCAGGCCUAUUGGGUGUACCGAGUGUCGUUGGCCACAAGGAUUUGCUUCAAUUUAUCGCGCCAGCCAUGGUACUCACACGAAGGCAUCGGAUGAUUUGGCUACCCGAUAGUGCAGCCUAGGAUGCACCCACUGGGGCAUCGGACUUCUUUUCUGCCCGCGGGCUUUUUUCGCAACCGAUCGUGCAACCUAUCGCGAAAGCUGUUUAGGGUCUCGUGGAGAGGGGUGUUUACAAUUCGUAGUAAGUCUUGAGCAGCGCUCCAUCAACCUAUAGACGCGCGGUGCCGACGCCACCUGAUCUGUUGAGCCACGUCACAUAAUGUAUCCUUGUAAUCCGUACAGUCAACGUGCGUGUCAGGAAGCUGCAGUGAACGACGGUUAUCCGAUCGCAGAAUGUUUCUCGUGACAUUUGAUUUACAUUAUCGCCUUCUGUAUCGUCCCUGCUUCUUUGUCCGAGCUCACAGUAGUUUUGUUGAAGCACGUGGUGGCCCGUUCUUGCCUGUUCCUUGGCAGUUGGUUUUCUCCAGUGCGCUUAUGUGGUCUGAUCCUCACGCAAUCAUAUUUCGAAGGGGUGCCAACUUGGUUCUGGACGACUUCAAACCAGCAUCGACUCAGAGGAAAA